GAGCACCCCUCCGCACGCGCGCGAAUGAACCGGACAGUUUGGACCGGACCUGAUCCGAUCAUCUGAAUCGACUGGUGUCACAUUCACUCUCUCGUCGCGUUUGUCGAUCAUGCGCGCGGCGCACGCGCCCCAUGGCGACCCGUGAGCGCAGAGGAACUCACUAGCCUAUACCGAACCUAACCGAGUUCGACGCGCGCGAGAUGCUGGCUGCGCGCACGCUCACCGGAUGCCUACUGUGCGUUCUGAUCCUCUGGACUCUGUUCGGGAACAUUCUGGUGUGUGCCGCGGUGCUCCGGUUCCGCCACCUGCGCACGAAAGUCACCAACAUCUUCAUCGUGUCUCUGGCGGUGUCGGACCUGUUCGUGGCGGUGCUCGUGAUGCCGUGGAAGGCGGUGGCGGAGGUGGCCGGCUUCUGGCCGUUCGGCGCGUUCUGCAGCGUCUGGGUGGCAUUUGACAUCAUGUGCUCCACCGCGUCCAUCCUCAACCUGUGCGUCAUCAGCGUGGACCGCUACUGGGCGAUCAGCAGCCCGUUCCGCUACGAGCGCAAGAUGACCCCGCGCGUGGCCUUCGUGAUGAUCGGUGCGGCGUGGACGCUGUCCGUCCUCAUCUCGUUCAUCCCGGUGCAGCUGGAGUGGCACAAAGCCGCCGCGCAGACGAACGCGUCCGGCACCGAGAACUGCGACUCAAGUUUGAACCGCGAGUAUGCCAUCUCCUCGUCACUCAUCAGCUUCUACAUUCCCGUGGCGAUCAUGAUCGUCACGUACACGCGGAUCUACCGCAUCGCGCAGAUCCAGAUCCGGAGGAUUGCGUCGCUGGAACGCGCGGCCGAGCACGCGCAGAGCUGCAGGACGAGCCGGCUCGCGUACCGACACCACAGCAGCCUGAAGAACUCCUUCAACCGCGAGACCAAAGUUCUGAAGACGCUGUCCGUCAUCAUGGGCGUGUUCGUGUGCUGCUGGCUGCCGUUCUUCAUCCUCAACUGCACGGUUCCGUUCUGCGACAAGCCGGGCUCGGGUCUGCCGUGCGUCAGCGAGACCACCUUCGACGUGUUCGUGUGGUUCGGCUGGACCAACUCCUCUCUGAACCCCGUCAUCUACGCGUUUAACGCGGACUUCCGCAAGGGCUUCGCCAGUCUGUUGGGUUGUCGGAACCGCUGCGCGAGCACUCCGGUGGAGACGGUGAACAUCAGCAACGAGCUCGUGUCGUUCAACCAGGACACGCUGCUUCAUAAAGAGCUCGUGAACGCGUACGGCAACAUCAUCCCGAACGUGGUGGAGUGCAUGGACACCGAGGAGGACGCGUUCGACCGGAUCUCGCAGCUCUCUCGCAACGACGGCGACGUUUGCACGGACUCGGUGUGUGAUGUGGAGACGGAUAUCUGUCUGGACGCACUCGCGCGCUUCACGCCGAACGGGGGUGUGUGGAAACCAAAGGUGAAAGUUUCAGAACUUUUCAUUGAAAACUCCCGUUAGUUGAAUAUAAAGUUCCUGAAGUGUGCAGUAUGCAGUGGAAUAAGUGUCUGACAUGAGCUCCUGAUGUGACAUGUUUCAGUAUUUAAAUGUGCUACAGUAACUCCUGACUGAUGAAAUAUUGAGUCUGAUGUUGAAAUUAAGUGACAAGCCACUUAAGGCUGUUUGUCACAAUGUUUUUAUCAGAGUUAGUGCCUAAAACCCUCUUAACUGUGGUAAAAUCACUGGAACACUGCCUUAAAUUGUUUAUUGCUUUUAUAAAACACUGACUUCAGCAAUAUUAUAAACCACCAA